AUGGAGGUCGCUGGAGAAUACCUAAAUAGGUUUGCUGGAAACAAAACAGGAGGUGGUGUUGGAGGUCGCCAGGAGGUGGAGGACGGGAGGCCGCAGGCGACGAGGGCGGCGUUGGAGGGGUCUUCCUUGACGGGUUGGAUCACUAUAAGAACAUGGGGGAGCACUGAGCCGCCAAAACUUCUCACUUCUGUCACUCACGCAGUUCUACGAUCGGAGUCGGAGGCCUUCUAUACUCGAUCCGUCUGCUGCAUCUGGUCAGGCUUAGCCUCGUUCUUCCUCUUGUUUCACAGAAUCUGCAAAGUUGGUCUUCGAUUUGAUUCUCCCAAAGCCCCUUUAUUUUGUACUUUCUCAGUGCUGGAAAAAUCGAAUCUUGUUCGAGGUUCGAGCGUGCUCUUUCCCAUGAAGAAUCCUGUGGUUCCUCCUAAUUACGCCUUCGUCUGCGCUUCUUUGGCUCCGGCCAUCUUUGCCAUACAGAAAAGCACUCACUUUCAUAUAAAUGAUAGAAGACCGCACAAUCUUAUGAUUGCGCUUGAUAAAUUUCUGAACGCCACAAGGGAAUGCUUUAAUAAGUUCAAGUUCAAUAAAGAACUAAUGAAUGAGAGUUUCAUGCUGCUCUAGACGAAAUAUGUCAAAAGAUAGACUGUCAUCCUCCUUUUAUUUAUGACUAUGGGAUGUUGUCAUCAUGGGUGACUUAAACCUAAAAAGUUAAAAUAAAGUUCAUUUAGUAAACGACUAAAUAGAUUACUUAGUCAUUUUAAAUUUAUGGUAUUAUUAUAAUUCAAAUAAGGACAGAAAUUGAACCUAAAUUGAAUUUAGGUAGCAAAUACAUCCCCUACUGCAUAUACAUGAGACUUAAUAUAUCUAAUUAAAUUCAUCUAAAAUUUGAAUUAGGUUAGUUAAAUCGUAUGACUUGAUUUUUGUCAAACCUUCUUCGAUUAUAAUUUUGAC